GGAGUUGGUUUGCCCACCUUUGUCUGUGCCGAUCGAGGGAAAGCAUCCAUGGCAGACGGCGUCUAAAUUCAGAUUAAGCGAGAUUCUGAACGUGUGAAUUGCAACGUGGCUGUUCAGCUCUGUCCUGUGUGGGGCUGAUUGUCUGCAGAUGCUAACUUGUUCUGCUCAGUUUCCGAGGUGAUCUCCUAAGGCUGGACGAGUGAAAAGGGAAGACAAAGGGAGGGGUGGAGGCGGAGUUGGAGGAGAGGAACGGAGGAGUGGAAGAUAGGAUGGAGCUACCCAACCACGCCAAGCAGUUGCUGCAACAGCUGAACCAACAGAGGAGCAAGGGCUUCUUCUGCGAUGUGAUCAUCGUGGUGGAGAACGCUCUGUUCCGCGCGCACAAGACCAUCUUGGCGGCCAGCAGCGUCUAUUUCAAGUCGCUGGUGCUCCACGACAACCUCAUCAACCUGGACACGGACAUGGUGACCGCCUCGGUCUUCAGGCAAGUGCUGGACUUCAUCUACACGGGCAAAGUGGCUGCCGGUGAGCUGUCUGCCCCCCACAGCCUGGCUGCUCUACUCACGGCGGCCAGCUACCUCCAGCUACACGAUCUGGGCGCUUUGUGUAGGAAAAGGAUCAAGAGAGGAGACACCAAGGCCUCUGGAGGAGGAAGAUUGGGACCUCUUCCUCCUCCUCCACAACAGCAUCACAGGAAACAACAGCAACAACAACAAGCCGGGCUUUGCUGCCCAGCUCCCGGCCACCUCUCCAACUCCAGCCCCAGGCUUCUGGUGGGCCUGAGUGGCGGGAACAGAGCCAGCCACCUCCAGCACACGCCUGCCUCGCUGCACUCUCGCUACCCUGGCUCCCCUGAGGCGCAAGAGGCAGGCGGGGAGGAGGGCUACGGGCCCGGGGGAGGCCGGACGGCUCAAGCUAACGGAGCCCCUGGCCUCGGGCCUGAGAUGUUAGGCCUUGAUCUGUCCAAGAAGAGCCCACCCCUGUCUGCCCACCUGCUGCCCGAGGAGAUGCCGAUGCAGCUGGGGGAGAGCGAGCAGGCCUCACCCACAGCCUCGGCCUCCAUCGACAACCACAGCGACCACCAGCACCGGGAGAGCAGCGAGGGCUCGGCGGCGGCCACGGACACAGGCCAGACCUCGCACAAGGCCUACCCCAGGGCCUCAGUCUCGGCCUCGGGCCGGGCCUGGCUGAAGCGGGAGCGGGCGGGGAGCGGCCGGCAGCGGGCGGUGAACGGGGUGAUCGUGGGCCCCGUCCCGGGCAGCGAGAUAGCAAAGCCUGUGGGAGGCGGAGGAGGCGGGUCGAGGAGAAUGGCAAGGGCAGCGAGGAGAGCGGGGCCGAGGAGGAGGAGGACGGCGGAGGACGAGGGGGACGAAGAUGGCGGAGGCGGCGGGGGGGCCGAAGAGGAGCAGCGGCGGCGGCACAAGGCUGCGGUGGGGGCCUCGGGCCUGGCCUACCGCUUCGAGCCGGCGGCCUACGGCGACAACCUGUACGUGUGCAUCCCGUGCGGGAAGGGCUUCCCGAGCUCGGAGCAGCUGAACACCCACGUGGAGCGUCACACGGAGGAGGAGCUGUACAUCAAGGAGGAGGUGGAGGAUGAGGAGGAAGCGGCGGGCGAGGGCGAGGCCCCGACCAAGGCCGGGGGCUCGGGUGGCUCGCCCAUGCCCAGCCCGGCGGCCCCCCACCCAGCCUACGCGGCGACUCAAGGCCCGGGCUCCGCGGGAGACACCAGGCCCUACCGCUGCUCGGUCUGCGACAAGAGCUACCGCGACCCGGCCACCCUGCGGCAGCACGAGAAGACGCACUGGCUGUCCCGGCCCUUCCCCUGCAACAUCUGCGGCAAGAUGUUCACGCAGCGCGGCACCAUGACCCGGCACAUGCGCAGCCACCUGGGCCUCAAGCCCUUCGCCUGCGAGGAGUGCGGCAUGCGCUUCACCCGCCAGUACCGCCUGACCGAGCACAUGCGCGUCCACUCCGGGGAGAAGCCGUACGAGUGCCAGGUGUGCGGGGGCAAGUUCACCCAGCAGCGCAACCUCAUCAGCCACAUGAGGAUGCACACGUCGCCCACAUAGAGCUCCAGGUUUCACCCAGGCCUCAGGCUUCACCCAGGCCUCAGGCUUCACUAGGCCUCAGGCUUCACCCAGGCCUAACCUCAGGCCUCAAGGCCUCACCUAGGUCUCAGGGCCCAGGGCUAGGGAGGGAGGGAGGGAGGGGGACAGAGAGGGCAGGACAAGGGGGGCACAAGCCAAAGACUUCAGCUAUAAUAACUAUCUAUCUCAGAGAAAUGGGCUCCUGCUUUUUCUCUCUCUCUCACUCUCUCUCUGCCUCACUCACUUGUUCAAUCACUUGCACCAUCUCUACCUCCUUCUCACUCACUCACUCACUCACUCACUCACCAUCACCCUCUUCGCUCUCUCACUCGCUCCAUCCUCUUCUCUCAUUCAGUCCACCAUCAUCCCCCUCCCUCUCCCGCACCAUCACUGCCGAACCCGUCAAGGACACAAGACUCGCUUCACAUCGAGUCCCAUAUCUCUGUUUUGUCGGGAGGGGGAGAGAGAAAAAAAACAAUUUUAGAGAGUACCUUGUUUUAUAAAAGUAAGGACUUUGUAUCAUUUUUAUGUGAAUGUUUAAACUGGACGUUUUGGAGGGUUGGACGUGGGUAGAUAGGUUGGUGCGCGGGUGGGGACUUACUGCAGUUUUCUUUAAAAGACCCCCAUUAUUUCCUUUUAUAUUUUAUCUCCAAUUCCCCCUCUCUACUCUUUC